AUGAAUUUUAAGGAAGCUGGUGCUGAAAGGAAGCUGCAACUAGUAGAACUAGAGAACCUUCACCUAGAAGCAUAUGACAAGGAAAAGAUGAAGGCUGUCCAUGACAAGCACAUAAAAAGGAGAGAAUUCAGACUAGGAGAGUUAGCUCUUCUUUACAACUCCAGACUGAGGCUUAUGCCAGGCAAAUUAAGAUCAAGAUGGGAAGGCCCAUACAGAGUAGAAAAGGCAGAGCCAUACAGAGUUUUUCACCUAUGUCAUCCUUCUAGCUCCAAAUUUAUUAAGGUCAAUGGACACCGCUUAAAACUUUAUGAUGGUGAGAAGAUGAAAGAUCACAAAGAGCUAGAGGUCUUCCUCCUGGAAGACCCACCAACAGAAGCAGAAUGA